GAGGGGCGGGUCCAGACAGCGUUGGGUCUCGCCGGGGCUGCAUUUGUGUGCUGUUCACUUUCAGCAGACAUGCUGUGUUAAACUAUCUGUCAUCAUCCGGCAAUGUGAUUCUAAUGGGCAUAAAACAAACUGUCAGUUCUUUCUGGCCAUUGAACAGAUCCAUCGACCCUUCUUCUUUAAAAACACAGGACUUAUCCUUAUACAUCCAUACCAUCUGAUCUGAUCAUACGAGGGAAAUAUUGGGAGCUGUUUCAUCUAUUAAAUAUGUCUAUAUUGCCUUUCACGCCUCCGAUUGUAAAGAGACUUUUGGGCUGGAAAAAGGGCGAGCAAAACGGACAGGAGGAGAAAUGGUGUGAGAAGGCCGUGAAGAGUCUGGUGAAGAAGUUGAAGAAGACAGGACAGCUGGAGGAGUUGGAGAAGGCCAUCACCACCCAGAAUAUCACCACCAAAUGCAUCACUAUACCGAGGUCUCUGGAUGGCCGUCUGCAGGUAUCUCACAGAAAAGGCCUCCCUCAUGUAAUCUACUGCCGACUAUGGCGCUGGCCUGACCUGCAGUCCCACCAUGAGUUGCGCGCAGUAGACUUGUGCGAGUUUGCUUUCCACAUGAAGAAGGACGAGGUGUGUGUGAACCCAUAUCACUACCAGCGUGUGGAGACACCAGUUUUGCCUCCUGUCCUGGUUCCCCGGCACACUGACAUCCCCACAGACUUCCCUCCACUGGAUGAUUACUCCAUCCCUGAGAACACCAUUUUCCCUGCCGACAUUGAGCCUCUGAGCAACUACAUACCGGAGACCCCUCCUCCAGGCUACCUGAGUGAGGAUGGGGAAACCAGUGACCACCAAAUGAACCACAACAUGGACAUAGGUUCACCAAACCUUUCACCCAACCCUGUCUCUCCUGCAAACAGCAACCUAGACCUGCAGCCGGUGACAUACUGUGAGUCUGCGUUCUGGUGCUCCAUCUCUUACUAUGAAUUGAACCAGCGUGUGGGCGAGACCUUUCACGCAUCGCAGCCGUCAAUGACUGUGGAUGGCUUUACAGAUCCCUCCAACGCGGAGCGCUUCUGUCUGGGUCUGUUGUCCAACGUCAACCGCAAUGCAGCCGUGGAGCUCACGCGCAGACACAUCGGCCGAGGUGUGCGCUUGUAUUACAUUGGUGGUGAGGUGUUUGCUGAGUGUCUGAGCGACAGCGCUAUUUUCGUCCAGAGUCCAAACUGUAACCAGCGUUAUGGCUGGCACCCUGCUACAGUGUGUAAGAUUCCUCCAGGCUGUAAUCUGAAGAUCUUCAACAAUCAGGAGUUUGCCGCUCUGUUGGCGCAAUCAGUGAAUCAGGGUUUUGAGGCUGUGUACCAGCUGACCCGCAUGUGCACGAUUCGCAUGAGUUUUGUUAAAGGCUGGGGAGCAGAGUACAGGCGGCAGACUGUGACCAGCACCCCCUGCUGGAUAGAGCUGCAUCUUAACGGCCCCCUGCAGUGGCUGGACAAGGUGCUCACUCAGAUGGGCUCUCCAAAUAUCCGAUGUUCUAGCGUGUCAUAGGAAAACUCUCAACCUAUUUCAUGUCACCAAGGAAUGACCCCAUUCACACCCAUCUAAUGACACCCAGGACCUGCCAGCUGUCACUGCUGAAUGCCAAUGCAGCAUUUAAACAGAGUAAAACUAAGGACGGUAAAGACGAAAAACUGCUGGACUCCCUAGAGUGUCACUCUAUCAAUUGCAGAUCUUAAAAAGGAUCAAAUGAUAUAAGCACUUUCAACCAGUGAAUGACACUCAUGAAUAAUAUUUUUAAAGUUUAGAAUGAGGCAUUUCCCUCAUUGUGAAUUCAAAUUUUAUUGUACAUUAUGUUUAUGUAAUUAGGAAAUUGUCUAUUUUUUUAAUCAAGAUAAUUACGAAGUAUUUCAUGCAUUCAAUGAAAUACUCAGUUAUAUCUGAAGGUAUAAAUUGAUAUGAUUGCUUAAAAUCAUAGACAUCCUUGUGGAAAGGCCUGGAAGUUAGACUUUAUUACAGUCACAUGCUACACCGGACAAACCGUCAUAAAAAGAGUUCUUAAUUUCCACCACCUUCAGUGAAGGGGUUUUUAUGUUUGCCAUUCUGAAGCUGGCAGUAAGCUUGCUGCUUGCUCUGGGCUGCUUUGUCCAGUUGUUGUGUUGACCAGGUUUGUACUUAAGGCAGGGACUGAGAGUGUAAAAUAUAAAAAUAAAAAGGUACAUCAUCUAUGGUAGCACAGUCUUCACAAUGAAUAGCACUUGUUUUUACAACUCGAUAUUUGUCAGUGACAAAUACAGCUGAUAGUGCCAUUUUAUUCCUUUGACUUGAAGAUGGUGACUGUUUGGUUUUUAAUCAACAAAGGCAAGCCAAAUAUUUUGUAAUACUGUAAGUAUUUUUGCAUAAUAAACUGAAUGGAGAUUGCGGAAGUAUAUUUUUACUGCUAUCCUAUAGAGUAUUGUAUAUAAGAUUGAGUAGUUAAGUGUAGUGUUUAUCAUGCAUCUGCAGGUGAUUGUCAAAGGAGUUGCUGCACCAAUUAAAACAAAUGGA